UCGAGGAUGCCAGGAGGCAAUCUUAAGUUGCAGACGGCAUCAUGAGGUUGAAUCCAUUGGUGAGUGUGCUGCCAUUGACAGCCGCCGCCACAGCUGGCGCUCUUACUCGGCACGACUCGUGCAAUGUCGUGAAUCAAACAACCUGUGGCGGCACAAGCUACGAGUAUACCGGGCUUGCGGGAUACGGAUUCAUCCCGUCCAAUGCGGUUGAUAAGUAUGGUGAUACACUAGGAGGCAUUGGCAGCGCUAUUGCUAUCGAUCAAGACUCCUGGCGCAAGACGGGCCCUGACUCGUACACUGGCAUCAUCUACUGCUUGCCUGAUCGUGGCUGGAACACCAACGGAACGCUCAACUUCCAGUCGCGUAUCCACAAGCUGGCCAUCACUUUCAAGCUGGCACCAGGUGCAUCUGCUGAGAAUCCAUCGAAGCCGAACUUGCAGCUGAAGUACCUCGACACGAUUCUUCUGACCGGUCCUGAUGGCGAGCCCACCACAGCCACAUACAUCGGUGAUGGCUUCGACGGCACAGGCAAGGGAGGAAAGAGGAUCACGAUCGACGCCGAGGGGCUCGUACUUGACAAGGACGGCUUCUUCUGGAUCUCUGACGAGUACGGUCCCUACGUGUAUAAGUUCAACAAGCACGGCAAGAUGGUGCUAGCCCUGCAACCGCCGCAGGCCUACCUCCCCCGUCGCAACGGCACCAUGCCCGUCCCCGAGGAUCCCAAGACAGGCCGCAACAACAAUCAGGGCUUCGAAGCGCUUACUAUCUCCCCGGACGGCAAGACGCUGUACACCAUGAUCCAAUCGGCGCUGAACCAGGAAGGCGGCCCAAAGAAGAAGAACCGCCAACCCGCGCGGCUGCUGGAGUAUGACAUCUCCUCCGGCACACCGAAGUACAAGCACGAGUAUGCCGUACUCCUACCCAAGUACAAUGAUUACACGGAGAAGGAUCCAUCGGACGCGGCAAAGGUGGCCUCACAGUCGGAGAUCCAUCAGCUUCCCACCGGCGACUUCCUUGUUCUCUCGCGCGAUUCCGGCUUCGGACAUGGGCAGUCCGAGUCCCUCUCCGUCUACCGGCAUGCGGACGUCGUCUCCAUUUCCGAGUCUACAACAGAUCUGAAGGGUACGUAUGACGCCGCGGAUGGAUCCAUCGCCAGCUCGAAGGGUGUCUUGGACUCGGGUAUCACCCCGGCGGAGUACUGCCCUUUCCUGGACUUCAACGUGAAUUCAGAACUAGCCAAAUUCGGCCUUCACAACGGUGGUGCGCAGGACGCUGGUCUUUUGAAUGAGAAGUGGGAGAGUCUGGCUCUUGUGCCGGUUGACCCGCACGGGCACGAGGAUAAGCAUUCCAAGAAGACGAGGGAAUAUUUCCUCUUCAGCUUCAGUGAUAAUGAUUUUAUCACACAGGAUGGACGCAUGAAUUUUGGCCGGUUCAAGUACGCUGAUGAAUCUGGCUACAACCUCGACAGCCAGGCUCUGGUUUUCAGAGUGAGGUUCUAGUUGUGUACUGCUGCCUGUAGAAAUAGCAAUAAGUACGAUAUCCAACUUGUUAAUUAUUAAUAGAAGGAACCGAAACAUGAAAGUCAAU